UGUAAAACGAUCUCUCUUCUCGUCUCGACUUUUGCUCUCUUUUCCUCUUCUACAAGACACCUUCACACAGCCCUCUCUUAACUCAGGUCACUCAAAUAUACCGAGCACGGCUGAAAAAUCGAAACCCCACACAGAUUGAAAAGUUCAACGGAAGGCAAAACACAAAAAGCAGAUCUGAAGAAAAUCAAAGUGAAAAAACAGGAAGAGAGAAAUGGAAUCUGUCUUUGGACUGGUGGGCAAAGAUUUUGCAAUUGUUGCGGCGGACUCAUCGGCGGUGCACAGCAUCCUCGUACAUAAGACCAAUGAGGAUAAGAUCAUGCUCCUUGAUUCCCAUAAACUCAUGGGGGCCUCCGGCGAAACUGGGGACCGGGCUCAGUUUACAGAGUACAUACAGAAGAAUGUGGCUCUCUACCAAUUUCGAAAUGGCAUCCCUUUGACGACUGCAGCUGCUGCGAACUUUACCCGAGGCGAGCUCGUCACAGCGUUGAGAAAGGUACAACGUUCGUCUAGAGUUAAUAUUGGUAGUUUAGGGUUUUUUAAUCUCUUUUCCUUGUUUGUACAAUAUGAUAGUACUUUUCUGGUAUUUUUGCAUUGGAAUGUUGAAACACAUAACUUGGGGCUUGAAUUUAUCAAGCUAGCAUCGGUUUUGUUUAGUACCAUGCUCAAGAAAAAUAGUGAAAAACUGUCUCUUUUAUUUCUAUGGUUUGACACUAGUGUGAGGAAUGAAGAUAUCUGUCCAAAAUUUUAACGUAUCACUGCUAUA